GGGGGAUCCUUGGUUGCUUCUGUCCUGCUAACAGCGCCACAAAAAAUAGAGUUUUCUUACCCAUCUAGUGCGGUGAUUAUACCCACCUUGCAUUGUUAUAUGAAGACGAGGCAACAGAGGCCACAUCAGUGGAUCCCAGCACUGGCUGCCUGUUAGCCCCGACUGGGGGGACUUUUGUGAAAGACCAGUGCCCCAGGCUAAUCUCCAAGGACUCUGAUCCGGUAGAGUCAUCGCAAGCCCUUUCUCUGUUGUUGGUGGUGGUGUGAAUCGUCAGCACUGUUGUAGAGCUGCAGGCCGAAUGUUCCAGAGGCCACAGGAUUGGUGUGGGAAUGUAACGAGUUUACCUACGGUUUUGCCGAAGAAAUCCGAAGGCAGACUUUCGGGGCAGUGACACCCGGCUAUGAUUUCAUGGCCCGAUUGAGGAGCGGAGUGGAGGCGAUUCUCCCUCCCAACGCGCACGAGCUGGCUCACAACCGCCUGCACGUCUCCAUCACCAACACCAAGACCAGAGAAAACUACUUAGUCUCCAGUUUUCCCUCCCGAGAGGACCUUGUUAAGGUCCUGUUAGCCAGCAGUUUUGUGCCCAUUUACGCAGGACUAAAACCAGUGGAAUACAAAGGGCAGAAAUGGGUAGACGGAUGCUUUACCAACAGUCUGCCCCUCCUGCCUGUAGGCCGGACAGUGACCGUCUCAGCAUUCAGCGGGAGAGUGGACAUCUCCCCGCAGGACGAAGGGCAGCUGGAUUUCUAUGUGACCAUAGCCAAGCAGGACAUACUGUUGUCCAUGGCAAACUUGGUGAGGCUUCACCAAGCCCUUUUCCCACCAAGCGAGACGAUAAUGGAAUCACUAUAUCAUCGUGGCUUUGAUGACGCCAUCAAGUUUUUACUUAAAGAAAGUUGGUUUGAAUACAACGCUUAAAACUUCACAACGCAAAACACAUUUCCGACCGUUCUUGAUGGAGGUUUCUAAUCCUUUUUUAAAAGCCUAUCAUAACUAUCUGUUUUGUUAUUGGUUUUUGUAAUAUUUGUCAUUUUUAAUAUUGAAAUCAUUACUUGGUGCAAGGAAAUGAGGCAUUUUGGUUGAAUUUGGCAGCGUCACUAAGAAGGGUGCACUCAGGUGAUGAGGAAUCGUUGUAAGAGAACCACCACAUCCUUUGAAAGCCCGCUGGGAAUGUAGGGGGUUCUCUGGGGAAACCGUGGAAUGCUGAAAAUGAGGUUCGUGGUGCACACACAUUCUCUGCACUGAUAACGUGGAGGCGCCCUUCAGACGCAAAGCACGGGCCUUUCCAGGAGACACCAGUGUCCUGUACUUCCAGAGUGGAAGGAAGCGUGUUCUCAGGCUGCACCCCGCUCCCUCUCAGGUGGGCCAGGAAGGAUGUGAGAAAUAGUCAGCAUCAUGAAAGGCCUUUAACAAGGGGUGGAGCAACACAGGCUUGCUUUUCCUAGGUGUGUACAGUUGUUCCUGGGGUGGAGGUAGAAAGGUGAAUAGCAGAGAGUAACCGGAAGCCCAGAGUUUGAAAUUAGGUAUGUCUUCCUUAGCCCUCGCCCUCCGGAAACCUGCUCGCCAGCUCACGUCAUUGUCAGGCUCUUCUGACACCUCCCUGUUGUUAAUAUUCUCUGUCCUUAUCUCCCCAGCUCUUUCUCUGUCCUGGUUUCUCUGUCUUUCUCUCCCUAUUCCUUCAAGGCCAUACUUCACCAAGUGUUCAGCCAUUACUCUGUGUACCAGACAUAGGUACUCUAAGAACUUAAAUGCAUAAGAUACUACUAGACACGAAGAGCCAAGUCAACCAAGUAGCCUAGCAAAUAACAAUUCAAUCCAGAAUCAUCAUUCCUUCAUUAUUUUUAAAUCAUGCUAUACUGACCCCAGGUCUUCCAUUUUUUGAGUAGUUGUCCUGUCACUUGAGGACUCAUGUGUGGGUUUACACUGACUCAUGUACACCCGUCUUAAAUCUUAACUCGUUUUUAUGGUGCUUUCCCAAGCAUGAACUCUUAAUUACUGUGAAGCAGUGAGACACAAACCAGUUUAAUUGCAUGUCUUUAAUUGUUUUGCAUUUCUCUUUUUACCGUUUGAAACCAUUCUUUAAGUCAAUUUUAUGGUUCUUGCCCAAAGUACACGACUUUUAGCACAGAAACACCAACUACUGCUUGUUUUGUUACGAGUCACGCCAGGACUUGGAGAGUAGUGAUGUUUCUUGGGGGUCUGUGUUUUUUCCUACUCUAGCAAACAUGUAGUUAAAUCUUAAUAUGUUGUUCUCAUAAGUGACUUGAAGUGGAUGGAUUCUCCGUUCUUCCGUCUGUCUAUUCACUAGAUUUUCCCCUUACCUGUUAUUUUAUGCGAAUAAUCUAUUUGUAUGCUAUUUCAGUAAAUUACUUAUCGAUUCCUCCCCGAGCAAAACCAAACCUUCAUAUGUUAGACUUUUAAAAACUAUAUCGUACCUUCUACAUAUGUCUUUGACCAUGUGAGUGGAUGGUACUUGCCUUGAAAAAUCCUGUAAGAUGGUGGAAAGAUGGGUCUGCAGGGCAGCAACUUUCUAACACUUGGGAGACGUGGCACCGUAAUACAGCACCUCAUCUGUAGCAUCAAUGUCCUCCAGGUGUGCUGUGCCAUCUCCUCACCUGAGGCCUGUCACAGCCCACGCUGCGUGGUGGCUACGGAACAUCCUCAUGCAGCUGUAGUAACAGAAACGGGCGCUAACGACAGGGUGCCCAUGUUAUUGGGACCAGCCCUUCAAAGCGCUGUAGCACUGGUGUAUGGAACAUCUGAAGAGACUUUCUGACCCAGUUCCUGAUAGGUUUGCUCGGUAAUUACUGGGACUGGCAGCUUGAUAAGUGCCCAUUUCCCUGUUGGAGUAAUUUCCUAAUAUCUUUGAAUCUGUCAUUUAAAAUUUCAUUAGUCUUCUCUUCAGUAACAGUCUCUACUUUGUAACUAUGGUAACCCACUGCUUCCACUGACAAUUAGAGAAAAUAGAUUUGGUUUUGAAGUUAAGUAAUGUGCGAAAGGACCAAGCAGUAUAUUUAAAACAAAAAAACAAAAACCCCCCACAAAACUCUCUUACAUUCUGGUUUCCCAAUAUGGGGCAUUGUGUGUGCAUAUGAGAAGCUUGCAAAGAAAGAGCUGUGAGGCUCUGAGCAUUGAAUUAUGAUUCUAAACAGACAUGGGCAGUUAACAUGGACACAUUUCAUUUAUGCUGCUUUUUUUCCUGAUGACUAAAACACAUACAUAUAAUUACAUAUAUAUAUAUAUAAGUCAUAGAAAUGUUUCUGGAUCUAGGGCAUUACUUUUACAGUUGAGGAACCAAUGAUUAGGGAAAUUCGGGGUUUUGAGGUUUUUCUGGCCUGAGUUAUGUCUACACUAUAGCAAAAUAAAACUGAAAUUGAAGUAAUUAUCCACAUAACACGAAGUGGGAGGAAAAGCAAUUACUGCAGUUGAGGAAAAGUGGAUAAACUUCAGUAAUCAUAAUGAUUGCUAUUAUAUAUGAGUAACAGUAUUAUUUCAUUAUAACUUUAUAUUAUAGUACUGUUAAAAGUAGUUAUUAUCAUUGUUCACAGAUUGACAGUUUAGGUGGGCUGAAUUCAUGUAAUUGCUCACCUCUGCACUUACUUUUGCCCCUAUUGACACAACUCAAAGCUUUGCUGACUAAAUGCUAAUACAUAUAGUUAUAUAUCCUCACAUACGUCCCCUUGGGAUAAUUCUCCUGCUCUCUCUCUUUUUAUUUUUUAAUAUCCCUUUCUCUUGACGGACUUCAAGAGGGGCAAGAAUAGGAUUCAAUCUUUUCCUUGUUAUAUAUAGAAAGCAUCUCUGAAUAUGCAGUCUUGCACAACUCAUAAUAGCAUAUCCAACUUGAUCUUGAAAUAAGGUAAAGGUAGUUUGUUGGAAGCACAGACGAGGGAAGGGAUGCAUUUUGCUGCCACUUCUCAUGGCUCCUUGCACGGGAUGCACAGAAGCAAUGGUAGUAGACGGAGGAUGUUAUCAUCCCUAGCAAGGCAUCUUAGUCUAUUCAGGCUGCUGUAACAGAAAACCACAGACAUGGCUCCCUGUUCUAAAGCCUAGGAAGUCCAAGAGCAAGGCACUGGCUGAUUCACUGUCUUCACAUGGUGGAAGGGGUGAGUAAGCUUUCCAGGUCCUUUCUUAAGGACGCUAAUCCCAUUCAUAAGGGCUCCACCCUUGUGAUCUAACCACCUCCCAAAGGCCCCACUUCCUGUUACCAUCACCUUAGGGGUUAGGAUUUCAACCUAUGGUUUUUUUGUCGGCGGGACACAGACAUGCCAUCUGUAGCUGAAAGGGAGGUAGAUUUGCUGCUGUACAACGAGGGGAGGGAGGAAUGUCCAUGAAACCCAGGUAAUUCCCUUGGGUAUCCCCUCUACUACCAUCACUAGUGGACUAGUUAGUGGAAAACUACUGCAACUGUCUAUGGCAGAAGCAAGAGUACAGAUCAGUCAGGACUGAACAUUUGGGUCAUUGCACUGGAGGACGGGCUCUGACCACACCAGAGGUGUGGGUGGAAGCAGAGAGAGUGCGUGAUGGAGAAUGAGUGAGCGGAGUGAGACUUAGCUGAGGAGCAGUGACACAGCCACAGGCAGGUAUCCUGCAGCACAAGGCAGGAGCAGUGCUCUGGGACGGCCAACCUGAUGCAAGACAGUCAAUCCUUGGCACUGUUCAGAACCCCGGGCCUCCAUCACUGCAGACUGUGGGAGCCUCCUGGUCAUGUCCUUUGAGUGCACUCUCUGUGUGACUGUAUUUAUUUGGCAGCAACCACCUGGCUUGUGGGAACUCAGUUCCCUGACCAGGGAUUGAUCCAGUGAAAGUGAAAGGGCGGAAACCUCAUCACUGGACCGCCAGGGAAUUCCCUCUCUCUGACUUUAAGAUAGCCAGAGCCACUGUCUUCUACUUGCUACCCAAGUAUAGCUGAUAUAGUUAAAAUGCAUCAAUUCCUCCUCAACAACUAGGGAAAAAGUAGAUGAAGCCUUGCAAAUUAUCUUUCGCAUAAUGUCUUGUGUUUAAAAACCCCUGUGAAAGGAAGCAGGCUUUUACGGUAGGAUAUCUGUCUUCCUAAAGCAUUAAGAGGUUGGUAAACACAAAAGGAUUUCAAUUAGGUUGUCAGUUACAGAGACAGAGACUCACCAUCUGUCUCCGAAUAAGGGGUGUGGUGCUUCAUUGGAAUUUACGUGCAGUAUGAGGAGGACCGUCAUUUGAAUAUGAUAGUUUUAACACACUAAAGCUGAAGGACAUUGGACGGGCUGCUCUCCUAUCAUUCUUCAUAUUGCACUAUCAAGUGUGUUGUGAGAUUAGCAGCUUUGCAAAUCCCUGCCUAGCGCACUGAGCACUGAAUACAUGAUUGAAUUUGAACGGGCUUUCCGGUUUCACAAUCUGAAAACUUGUUCCCAAACACAGUAAGGCCCUUUGAUUGCCCGUCACAGCCACAGUAAGGCCCUUUGAUUGAUUGCCCGUCACAGCCACAGUAAGGCCCUCUGAUUGCCCGUCACAGCCACAGUAAGGCCCUCUGAUUGCCCGUCACAGCCACCCGUGUGUUGUGAUGCUUGGUACACCAUUCUCUUCAGAGAUUUCCAACCUCUCUUUUUUAUUUUUUUUUU